AUGCCGCUCGCGACAGCGUCCGCCGCCGUCGCGCCGGCCCGCGCGCGUCCCGUCGCUUCGCAGCGCGCCGGCGCCGGCGCCGACCGCCGGGCCCGCCUUAUCCGUCGCCCCGCGCGAUCCCCCGUGCCGACGCGCGCGACGUCGCCCGCCGCCGCCGACCCCGCCGCGAACGCCGACGGCAUGUACGACGGCACCGUCUUCUUCCACCUCUACCCCGAGCUCAAGUCCCCGAAGCCCAUCUUCAGCACGUUCCUCGAGGGCGCGCUGCACUGCUGCGAAGUGGCGCGCUCCCAUCCCGACUACUGCUCCGCGCACUUUCACGAAGCAAUCGACCAGGACGACGCCAUCGACUGCAAGCCCCACGGGUACUUUAACAUGACCUUGUUCAAGUGCCCGCCCGCCGAGCUCUUCGAGCGGUUCGAGGACCUCCACGAGUGCCUCGACAUCGGGCACAUGGACCAGAUCCAUCACCCGUUGCCGUGUCAGGAGGUGGCGGCGAUUCCGGGACCGACGUCGGCCAUCGCGAGGGUACCCCACGGAGUCGUGAGAUACUCCGAGAGGGACGCCGUGGUGAUGGUGGCGACGCCGCGCGGGAACAACGGGCUCGACGCGCGGGACUGGCGCGCGUGGUCCGGCGCGGACGUCGCCGCGGAGAAGGCGGCCGAAACCUUCCUGGGCGCUUCGCUUCACCGCUGCGUCGACGACGCGGCCGCGUUUGAACACGUGGUCAGGAUCGAGCUCGGCGCGUGCGACGCCGGCGCCGUGGACGCGUGCGUCGCGCGGGCGCGUUCGGAGUGCGGCGACGGCGCCGUCGUCGGCGGGUUCAGGUGCGCGUUCAACAUCGAGAAGACCGGGACACCCGCGGGGGCGAUGCCGGCGGUGCGGGAGAUGCAAAAGAAAAAGAAGGAGGCGGAGGCGGCGGGGGGCGUGUCCGUCGCGGACGCGGGGAAAAAAACCGGGCAGGUCUAG